CUCAGUUCUAGGUUAGUUUCCCGGAUGGAGCCCCGUCGCCAUUUUUAGUUCAGUGCUGCCGGUAGAGUGGGGGACGCUGAGCCGUCGCUCCGCUUGGGAACUGACGACCGAUACACAGCCGCUCGCCGCAGAGCCGCCUUCCCUUCGCCUGCAGACAGCACCGCCUGGCCGGCUCCGAACGCCAUGGGAGACCGAGACGACCUCGUGUACCAGGCCAAGCUUGCCGAGCAGGCUGAGCGAUACGACGAAAUGGUGGAGUCCAUGAAGAAGGUGGCAGGUAUGGACGUGGAACUGACUGUGGAGGAGAGGAACCUGCUCUCCGUAGCGUACAAGAACGUGAUCGGGGCUCGCCGAGCAUCCUGGAGGAUCAUCAGCAGCAUUGAGCAGAAGGAGGAGACCAAGGGCGGCGAGGACAAGCUGAAGAUGAUCCGCGAGUACCGACAGACGGUUGAGACAGAGCUCAAGUCCAUCUGUAAUGACAUUUUGGAUGUACUGGACAAGCACCUCAUUCCCGCUGCGAACACAGGGGAGUCCAAGGUGUUCUACUACAAAAUGAAAGGCGAUUACCACCGGUAUCUGGCGGAGUUCGCAACGGGCAACGACAGGAAGGAGGCGGCGGAGAACAGCCUGGUGGCGUACAAGGCGGCCAGCGACAUCGCCAUGAUAGAGCUGCCCCCCACACACCCCAUCCGCCUGGGCCUCGCCCUCAACUUCUCCGUGUUCUACUAUGAGAUCCUGAACUCCCCCGACCGCGCGUGCAGGUUGGCCAAGGCGGCCUUUGACGACGCCAUCGCCGAACUCGACACAUUGAGCGAAGAAAGCUACAAGGACUCCACACUCAUCAUGCAGCUGCUACGUGACAACUUAACACUAUGGACUUCAGACAUGCAGGGAGACGAUUCCUAAGGAAAAACACUCCAUUCCCUCUAAAACUGUACUUUGUGAUGAACAGAAUAAAGAAGCACUGCAGGACGCUGAGGACGAGAAUCAGUGAGACGUCAUGGCCAACGCCCCCCCCCUCCCCCCCCCCCCCGACAGCUGCCGGUCUGACCCUGAGCUGUGGUUCUUCUCCCUCUCAGUGCCCCCACUUUAGUAUGUCUAUUUGUUUUUAAGUUUAUUUUUUACAACCUGUAUAGCUGAACGUUCCGGCCGGACGGGGCAGUGCAGACGCCUGCGACCGGGGGCUCCUGCGGCUCCCCCCCGCCUGCCGAGCCCAUCCCUCACAAACCGCCUCUUAGUUUUACCUGCCCCCGCCCCCCCCCCCCCAACCCCCCUCCUCGCCUCCUCAUUUUUAUCAGUUGCUGGAUGUAUUUUUGAGUAAUGUUCAUGUGAUUACACAAAUGAAUUUUUAUUACUGAAACAUCUACUAUAAUUACAUGUGGGGUACUGUAAUAUUUCUGUGUUAGUGCAAACAUCCGUUGCGGAAUUAGAAAAAUCAUCGAAGUUUUAAGCAGGGCAUUUGUGCGUGAAAACGAACGCAAGGCGCCCCCUUCUUUGGUAGUUACCUUUCUGUUACUGUGUCAGAGGAAUUUGCUGGAAUGCUGGUUGCCGGGCGAGAAGCGCCUCCGCCGUUCGCACCCAAACGGCGACGUGUCUGUGGUUUUUCAACUGUACUUUGUGCUGAAAUACUGUAACGGCGCGAUGCCUCCGAUGACCUCCAGGGGUCGCCAUUAGCGCUUUCCAAUAGUCACAAGGAUCCAGACUGCUCUGUUUUUUUUUCCUGUUUUCACAAAAGGCAGGUGUGUUGAUGCAAAGUUACGUUCAGGCCUGCAUGUGUUUAACCCACCAAGUCUGUGUUUUCGUCGUCCGCCGCCGCCUCUGCCACCCUUUUCUCCCUCCUUCUUUUUUCUCUCCUACACUCCUCUUUCAUUCAUGUGUAACUUGAAGCUAAUUUGUACUACUGGGUGUUUGACUGGAGCCACAGAUACAGUCUGUAUUGUUCUUACUGAAACACAGCAUGGAAUCAACAUUGAUCUCAGAAUAAAAAUGACGGAAAUAACCAA